AUGCUGUCCGACCAAACUAAGCAGAGCCAGAACACAGUUGUCGGCGCAACUGGGAUGAUAGGCUACUUGGGAGAGGGAAAAUUUGGUCGGAAUCCAAAACGGUGUGCAGAACUGCAGUUUGCUUCUCCAGAUCAACAUUCUGUCUCGGGAAGACAGCCCCAUGCAACCCCAGCUGCUGUUUCGCCCCACCUCAAGAGCACAGAAGGCUCGUGA